UAGAAGGGACGCUGUAAAGUUUUGCCGCUUCCAGCUCCGACAACUGCCCGGACCUCCACAGAGCAGUGGCAGGGAUAAUAAUUCUUAUUCAGUGGGCCCACUCACUCGCGAUACAUUAUCGAUAAGGUCUCCACCAAAGCUCUAUCAAUUUAUUUCAAGUCUAUAGUACGUAGAUCUAAUACGUGAUUCUAUAGUCGCAAGACCAUGAUAUCGUGACUAUUCUUUUGGCCAGACCAACUGGCUCAGUUAUUUCCAUUUGAAAUUCUAGGACACAAUGGCUACGUUGGCUCCGAUAUGUCGGGGCUGUUCCCGACCUAUAAUAUUAUUUCGCAACUCGGGCUUCCAAUCUAUCAAACCAUAUAAUCAGACGACCCGAGUCGCGCAAUGGCCACAGCCAAAUUGCGCUCGAGUAAUUCGUCGAGCAUUUGCGACGAAAGUGAAGAUAGCCCCGCCAGCAAGUAGAACAUCCGUCCGCAAAAUCCCUCCCGCGACGAAAGUUCCGCCACCAGAUAGGGCGUUCGUCGAUAAAAACCAAUCCAACUCCCCAAAGUCAGCAUUAGGGAAGAAACCAGCCAAUACUUUUUCCGGCCCUGUGAAUCAGCCCGUUGUGUCGCCGCCACCUCCAAUAAAGCAUUCUGAAGCUCCACAGCUGAACUUUGCGCAGAGCCUUGCGAGCAACGACACGCCAACGACCCUAUAUGAAGUGGAGCCUCAGAAGAUGUUCUUAUUCUCUAGCUACACGGCCGGCUUCUUUUGCAUAGCUGGCGCUGCCGUCAAUAUCAUAUUGAACGUGUAUAACCUCCCGGAAGGAAUGCACUUUCUCGUCCCCGUAGCUUUUGGCGCGAUGGGGAUAGGAAUGGCUAUUAUCGGUACUAGGUACGCCCUGAUGCCUUCGGGCGUUGUACGGUCUAUCAAAGUGUUACCGGCUCGAUCCGUCAAGAACUCGGACCCGGCUGCAAAGGCAGCUUCAUCGACAGACCCACCAGUCCGGCUCCAGGUCGAAGUACGGCGUAGCAUACCCUUCAUGUAUAAGCGCUUCGAAGUUGACCCGAAAGAUAUUUCUAUGGUCGCGAGGUUAUAUAAUCUCACAGAAGAUAAUCCUCCAGAAGACACUCUCCUACCUCGUAAUAGCAUGUUCAAACACUUCCGUCGUGGAAUAACGGGGGAGGGCUUCGCACCUAUCUUCAUUAACGAUGUUCAGUAUAAGUUGGAUAUCAUAGCAGCCUACGUGCUAGAUGAAGGGCGGGCUUUAGAUAGGAUCGUGAGAAUCAAGAAGAGUCCCAUUGUAGAGCGCCUUCUCGCUGAGAAAAAGGGGCGCUAAAUUGCCACUUCAGAGGAUAUAAGAUUCUAUGAUCGAUCUUGAUUUCCGCCAAGCGCAUUACUGCAGAUCAGGAAUCUUCGAAGAAGUUGAAUUUGAAAUGCCUUCAUCGACCUUCUCCAGAGGUUACCUUCGAUAGGUUUAAGUGGGCCGACUGGUUAAUCCUAUGUCGACACCAAAACUCCAGAAGAUGUGUACCUCUCAAGUUAUCUUACUUGAUGGUCACUGAAACCCUCAGGCCCAAAAUAGCCAGGAGAAGAGCCAUUUCGGAUAAUAUCGGGAUGGAAAUCGGGGGGAAUCGAAUCGAGCAAAUUUUAUCCCUAUAGGGAUGAUUCUUAUGAAAAGGGAUUUCACUCAGGUUCGAUAGUACAUAUAGCCACGAGGCAUCAUGUAUAAAGGAAUACUAUAUAUUUACCUCAUUUCAUCUUCCUCUUCUAAGCCUAGGAGACAUUUCGGUUCACAAGAUGAAAGUGCUCGUUCUAGGAAUGCCCCGCACAGGCACUCAAUGUGUGUUCAUCCGUUACCCCUUAAUCACCAACCAAAAGAGACAAUCAAGCUUACCAUCAAG